GUAUGCUUCGUUAUCCCCCUCCAUAUGGAACUAUGGUUCGUCCUGUAUAUCCUCCACGCCCACCUGGAGCAGUUAAUGUUCUUCCAGUACCACGCCCACCUGUUGCAGGGGUCCCUGCAGUUCGACCCAUUAUUCCUCCUGUUGUCAGACCCGUGGUUGCUCCUAGUGUUACUCUUGUUGAGAAGCCACAAAUCACAGUUUAUGUCGGCAAGAUCGCACCAACUGUGGAAUAUGGUUUUAUGCUCUCUCUUCUUCAGUUAUGCGGACCGGUCAACCGUUGGAGACGUCCUCAAGAUUUAUCAAAUGGAACUCCUAAAGGCUUUGGGUUUUGUGAGUUUGAGUCUGAUGAAGGGGUUCUUCGUGCCUUACGUCUGCUUACAAAAUUGAAUAUUGAUGGGCAAGAGCUAAUGCUCACUGUUAAUCAAACUAUGAAAGAACAUCUAGAGCGGUAUGUUGAGAGAAAAACUGAGAAUUCAAAGAAAAAAGAAACUCAAGAGGCAGGAGAUGAGAAAGAUGAUGAAAGUGCACAACCUACUGAUGCGAAUAAGGAUGUAAAACCUGAUGCAGAGCACUCAAAGAAAGAAGAUAAUGAUUCAGGGAACAAGGAAUCCCAUGAUGUGGCAACCUUUGGCAUUGUCUCUGAUGAAGAUAGGGAAACUGAUCAAGAGGCUUUAGAAAAGAUCAAGAACAUGAUAGAGGAGAGAUUGAAAACCAGACCUUUGCCUGCAGCUCCUGCACAAUCAGCUGGCAAUGGCUCUGCAAUAACUUCUGAACAACCUGCUAAAACAAGAGAUGGAGACUCUGAUGUAGAUAUGGGGAGGAAUGAAGCAGCUAAAGAUAAAAAUGAGAAAGAUACAGACAGUGACAGAAAACCAACUAGUGAACAUGAUAGGCCUGAGACUUCUGAUAGAAGGCAUGACAGGAGAAGCAGAGAGAGAGACCGAGAUAGGGAACUAAAACGAGAAAAGGAAAGGGAACUUGAAAGAUAUAAAAGAGAAGCAGAGCUGGAACGUAUUAGGAUAGAGAGGGAACAAAGAAGGAGGGUUGAGGAGGUGGAGCAUCAGUAUGAAGCGUAUUUAAAGGAGUGGGAGUAUAGAGAGAGGGAGAAAGAGAAAGAACGCCAGUAUGAAAAGGACAAAGAGAAAGAAAGAGAACGCAAACGUAGGAAGGAGAUACUCUAUGAUGAAGAAGAUGAGGAUGAUGAUUCAAGGAAGAGGUGGCGGAGAAGUGUAUUAGAGGAGAAGAGAAAAAAGAGGCUCCGUGAAAGGGAAGGUGACCUGGCUGACAGACAAAAGGAAGAGGAAGAAAUUGCUGAGGCCAAGAAGAGGGCUGAGGAGGAUCAACAACAGAAACAACAAAGAGAUGUAUUGAAGCUAUUAUCUGACCAUGUGGUAAAUGGUGGUGAAAAAGUUACUGGUACUGAAGAGAUUGCUAAUGAAGCAAAAAAUUUUGUAAUUGAACAACAUAUUGUAGCUGAUUAUAGUCAUGAAGGUCAUAUAGGCGACGCUAAUUCACUAAAUGGCAUCAACGGUGAAUCGGGCAUGGGAUCUGUUGCUGAAACUGAUAUACGGUCAAGUGGGAAUGCUCCUGCAAAGAAGCUAGGAUUUGGUCUGAUUGGGUCUGGAAAAAGAACCACUGUCCCUUCCGUUUUCCAUGAGGACGAGGAUGCACACAAGGACAAAAAAAUCAGGCCUUUGGUUCCAAUUGAUUACUCAGCUGAGGAACUGCAGGCGGUUCAACCUACUGCUUCAGGGCCAACACCAGCAAAUCUGGCUGCAGCUGCAGAAUCUGCUAAGCGUGUAUCCAGUGCUAAUUUCAAGGAAGAGAAGCUGGAUGGAGAACGGGAUAGAAGUAGGCAUUUGAAUGAGAAAUCUAAUCACCGAGAUAGGGACAGAGGUGAUGAAGACAACACUCACAACAGAGACGAAAACAAGGAGAAAAUUCCUGACCGUGACAGGGAUAGAGAUCGUGGGCUGGACAAACUCAAGACUUCAGACAACAAGAGGCUCUUGGAUGCUAAACAGUUAAUUGAUAUGAUACCAAAGACCAAGGAGGAGUUGUUCUCGUAUGAGAUAAACUGGGCAGUAUAUGACAAGCAUCAGUUGCAUGAAAGAAUGAGACGAUGGAUUUCAAAGAAAAUCAAAGAGUUUUUGGGGGAAGAAGAAAACACAUUGAUAGAUUACAUAGUUUCUAGUAUACAAGAACAUGUGAAAGCUUCCCAGAUGCUGGAACGUCUUCAGAUCAUUUUUGAUGAAGAAGCUGAAAUGUUCGUCCUCAAGAUGUGGAGGAUGCUUAUCUUUGAAAUAAAGAAAGUAGAGAGAUACAUUCAAAAAAAAGAAAGAAAGUAGAGAGACAGGGCUUGCUUUGAGGUCUAAAUAAUGAUCUUUGUUA